GUCAGCGCUGCACUUCAGUAUGAAACACUGCGACCAGGAAGUCUUAAAAUAACGCUGUACUGGGUCAUUAUGUUAUGUCUGCAGGCUGCCCACAAUCUCACCAUGUGACUUGUUUCACAAUGAGUAAGAGGAAAGGCAAAGCGAUCAGUGAUGCGACAGCUGUGAAGAGCCGCAGAGUGACAGCUGCAGGUACUGAAGAUGCUUCAGAUGAUACGAACCACCAGAGACCGUCCUCCAGCGGUUGCACGCCGUCCACCACAGGAGAUAUCGGCCUCAUUGAGAGCAUCACUCUGAAGAACUUCAUGUGUCACCAUUUGCUCGGUCCGUUCCAGUUUGGGCCCAAUGUGAAUUUCAUCGUUGGCAACAAUGGAAGUGGAAAAAGUGCAAUCCUGACUGCCCUGAUCGUAGGCCUCGGUGGAAAGGCCACCGUCACAAACAGAGGAGUGUCUCUGAAGGAUUUUGUAAAGACCAAUGAAAAUACUGCAGAUAUAACGGUGAAGCUAAGAAACAGAGGACCAGACGCUUAUAAAAGGGACGUGUACGGUGACUGCAUCUCCAUCGAGCACCGGAUCUCCAGUGAUGGAUGUCGGACCUGCAGACUGAAGAGCAAAUCAGGACAACUUAUUUCAAACAAGAAGGAGGAGCUGACCGCGAUUUUGGACCACUUCAAUAUCCAGUUGGAUAACCCAGUGUCCAUUCUCAACCAAGAAAUGAGUAAACAAUUCCUGCAUUCAAAAAGUGAAUCGGACAAGUACAAGUUCUUCAUGAAAGCGACUCUGCUGGAACAGAUGAAGAGGGAUUACAUCCACAUCAAGCACACUAAAACAGUGACACGUCAGCAGGUCGAGAGGCAGGAGGAGUUGCUCAAGGACCUGAAGCAAGAGUUCCUGCAAAAGAAAGAGAGGUAUGAAAGUUUGCCGUCCUUCAGCGAGAUGAAGGUGGUUUUGGAGAAUCUGAAGAAAGCAAUGGCAUGGUGUUUGGUCAGAGAGAAGGAGCAGCUUGUACAGCAGUUAAAGGAGGACAUUGAAAAGGAGGCGAAUAAUUACAAACACCAGGACAACCUUAAGCUCUGUCAGACUAAGGUCACGCAGGCACAGAAGAAGCUUCAGUGCAUCAAAAGCAGAGCUGACAGCCUCAGGAAGGAACAAGAGUCUCUAUCAGAAGACAGUCGCAGGUUUAAAGAGCAAAUGAAGGUCAUCAGCAAAGCUCACAAGGAACAGGAGCUGGUUUACUUUCGGGCUCUGAACAAACUCAAACAGUCAGAGCAGGAGCAAAAUCUUCUUCAGGAGAAAAUCAACAAGGCAAAAACAAGUGUAAGCCUGAACAAUGAUGGGGAGACAGAAUACACAGAACAGCAGAGGAAGAUAUCCAGUCUGAAAGAGCAGCUGGCAGAGCUGGAGACACAGUGCACACAGCUGAAUCAGGAGAUCAAAAACAAACAUCAGGCACUUUUCAAAGGGAAGGAAGAACGAGACAAGCUCAGAUUGGAGGAGAGAAACAUCCAAGGUCUGUACGAGUCCAAGCUGAGGAGGAAGAAUCAGGUCCUCGCCAGUCGAUCAAACAAACUGAAGCGGUUUGGAGAUCAUGUACCCGACCUGAUGGGUGCGAUAGGUGAAGCGCACGCCACAGGACGCUUUCUCAAGAGACCCGUUGGUCCAAUAGGGGCGUGCAUCAGUUUGAAGGAUCCCUUGUUGGCUGUAGCCGUGGAGUGCUGUCUGCGGAGCUUCAUGAAGGCUUUCUGCUGUGACAACUAUAAGGACGAGGCGGUCCUCCAGGAGCUGAUGUGUCGCUAUUAUCCAAAGGGCAACAGGCCGCAGAUCAUCGUCAGUCCUUUCUCCGACAAAGUUUACAACAUUCAUGGACGGAAAGCAUAUCAUCCAGAAUACCCGUCUGUGCUGGACAUAAUCACAGCAGCAAGCCCGGUCAUCAUCAACUGCCUGAUUGACAUGAGGGGGAUCGAAUCAAUCCUGAUAAUCAAAGAGAAAGACAAAGCGAGGAGGGUCAUGCAGCAGGGCCGGCCUCCUAAAAACUGCCGCGAAGCCUUCACUGCUGAGGGAGAUCAGGUGUAUCCGAACCGUUAUUACACGUCCGACUUCAGCAUGGCCAAAUAUCUCGGUGGGGAUCUCGAGACUGAAAUAAGUAUGUUGGAGUCAGACCUGGAGAAUCUCCAGGCUCAGCUGUCCAGGUUUCAGCUCCAAGUGACCUCUGUAACUGAGGACAUCGUGAGCAUGGAGAGCAAGCUGAACAGCACCAUCAUGACCCUGAAGAAGACUCUGGCCUCUGUGAAUCAAGUCAAGGCAGCAAUAACUGAGCUAGAGACUGCUGGCGAGGAGCAGAUUGACGACAUAAACUCCUUGGAAGAAGUUGCCCAAGAGAACCAACAGAAGAUCGAAGCAGAAAAGCAGACAGUUCAUGAGGCAAAGACAGAGCUCGACAAGCAUCGGAAAUCAGCAGAGGACAUAGAGUCUAAGUACUCCUCUUUUAGAGAACGCAUUGAUCAGCUCUCAGAAGACACCGAGCCGUUAAAGGAUGAGCAGCUGAAGCUGGAGGCGGAGGGCGCCAGACAUGAACGAAACAUUAAGAUUUUAGAAAACAAACUGAAGGCUCAUGAAGAAAACAUCCAAGCUAUGAAAAGGGACCUCGCUGUAACAGAUAAAGAGUUACAGGAAUACGUGGCCAAAGCUACAGAGAUCAGUCCAGAGCGGCAGCAGGUGUCCGGCAGCGCUAAGAGCAUCGAUACUGAAAUCACUCGGCUGCAGAGGAAGAUCAAGGUGUACGAGAGCAACCACGGCGAGCAGGAGCAGGUGAUCAGGGAGUACGCCGAGGCCCUCUCUCUCUACAAAGAGAAAACCAACCAAGUGAGAGAUCUGCGGAGGUUCAUCGAUCGACUCGAUAACAUCAUGUCAGACAGGCAGAACAGAUACAAAAUAAUGCGUAGGUCCCUCUCUGUCAGAUGCAAGUUGUACUUUAAUAACUUUCUGAUAAAGAUGAACUGCUGUGGCUCUAUGAUUUUUGAUCACAACAAUGAGACACUCUCAAUCUCUGUGAAGCCACCGGGCAGGGAGGAUGACGGUGGGAGUGACAUGCGGUCGCUGUCCGGUGGCGAGCGCUCAUUCUCCACUGUUUGCUUCAUGCUCUCCCUGUGGGAGAUCACCGAAUCACCCUUCAGGUGCCUCGAUGAGUUCGACGUCUACAUGGAUAUGCACAAUCGCAGAAUCUCUCUGGAUCUCCUCCUGGAGCUGUCAGAGCGGCAGCACCUCCGACAGUUUAUCUUCAUCACUCCCCUCACUACCAGAAAUCUGCCUAAAACCAGCCUCAUCAAAAUCCACCAGCUUCAGGAUCCAGAAAGAGUUCGUAAUGAAACGGUGGAUGAAGAUGUUUGAACUGCGCUCCAGUGACAGAGACAUAAGGAAUGUUUAUGUGCACACUCACUGUUUAUUUUUCAGUAUUAGUGUUUGUGUUUGAGAGUUACAAAUGUCAUUUCACAUUUGUUUGUUUUCUGGGAUGAAGUCAUGGAUGCGUAGUGGAGCUAACAUUUGUGUUAUUACAGUAGAUGGUGUUGUUUGUGUGUUAAAUGUGUUUUUAAUCCAAAGGAUUCUCUUAAGGCCCAGACACACCAAGUCGACAUCAAAGAACUAGUGGCAACAAAAGCAGACUGUUGCGCUGCCUCACAACGCUUGUGUCUGGGCCAAAAAGUUGCACUUGAACACACCACUAAGCCUUCAACUAACUGCUAACUAGCAUGUACAUUUUGCGUCUGCGUGAGAGGAAGUAACUCUCCAUACCAGCAGGUGGAGGUAGUCUGUCAUUGAAAAAGGGAAACAAGAAGACCGACAGGACGGGUUUAAGACGGUAGUUAGCCAGUUAGCACAUUAGCAAAACAACCUGAUGUUAAAAAAAAAUGAUAUUUACCAUGCCCUUGCUUACAAAAACAAACAAUGACAAACCAUUUGUGCUAAAGAGCUCAGUGGCUAAAAAAAAUAAUCUUACCCCUUUUAAAGAGUUUGUUUCGAUCUCAUGCCCUCUUGGCUUUUGCAAUUUGUUUACUUUCCUCACUUCCGUUUCUCCUCUUUUGCGCUGAGCUGAGCUGCCAAUCACAGUGAUUUCAUUCAUUGACAGGCUCCACCAACUCUGAUGAUAAUUUAACGUGCUGAAUCAGCUGGAAAAAAAUCCUAGCAGGGUUGACGAGAGCCAAAGGUGCAGGACAUUGCACAAACUAGGGUAACAGACGCUCACUUAUGUCUCAACAUUGACCAACAGCCGACCAUCAGCUUGGUGUGUCGGGGCCUUUGAGGAUGUUGAUUAGUUUGCCAGGUUAAACUUUUUUGGUGUGUCAGGUCAAGUUGGUUUUAUUUAUAUAGCACCAAAUCAUAACAGAAGUUCUCUCAAGACACUCAGAUGGACCAUUUCAUUGCCAUUUUGUUUUUACGGCAAAAGCUUUGGUCCCUGCUUACUUCCUGUCAGCUACAGCAACAAAAUACUCCAAUGGUAAACACAUUUGGACCCAUUUAGAUGGUUUAUGUUGGUCAAGUUUGAAACAGUCUAUAGGGCAGGUCUAGCACUAAGCGCUUUGAUUUAAUUUACGAAGACUCAAAAAUUCCCUUGUGAGCGAGCAUGUGGCGAGAGCGGCGAGGAACAAUUUCCUUUUAGGAGGCAGAAAGCUCUAACAGAACCAGGCUGUAGGUUAGCAGCGGUCUGCCUCGAUUGAGAGAGAGAGAGGAGAGGGAUGGGUGGGUGUGUUUGGGUGUAAAGAGCCUUUAGGGGCCGCUAGCCAGACUCUUGAUAUUAAACUCAACUCACAUUUGGUAUAUCGAUAAUUUGUUUUCACUGCAGGCGGAACCCCAUCAAUUUAGGCAGGAUUCUCAGCUGAUUGUGGAAGCGAUACUGUGGAACUUUUAAGUUUUUUUUUUUUUCUGGAGUGUGGAACUUUUGUCUCCCCCCUCUGGCAGUGAGAGUAAUCACUCAAGACUGACUCCCAAGGUGGUCUGAGUAUGGUUUUCGUCAGAGCGGUCCGAGUUCUGUUGGAGUGUUCACAUAUGCGCAAAAAAUGCUGAGUCACUGCUCUGAGUCUGCUUAGAGGGCUGAAAAGGACCUAAUGUGAAAACUUGGAAAAUGGCGGGUUUGUACAGGAUGUUCCUCGAUGCACAGUUGACCGUUCUCUCUGACCAUUCAAUGGGCUGCAGAGUUUUAACCCCACCUUGUUGUAUUGGUUCAGUUCACAUGGAACCUUGACCGAGGUGGUACUAAAACAAAGUUAGGUGUUCGUAUUCUGAAUAUUGUAAACAUUUAGUCAAUCUCAAGGAUUUUUUUUCUGAUUGUAUUGUAUCAGGUUGUAUUUAUAGGGGUCAAAACUUCAGCAACAUUGUUCUUUUCUUUAUGUUGCCAGAGUUUCGACUUCUUUCCCUUCGCCGUGCACCUUGGAAGUAGGUAUAGUUUUGCUUGAAACCCCCACCCUGCUCCAGGUUUUAUUUAUCUCAUUAGUAGCCUCUGCUGGCGUAAUGACCUGCAGCAUGGUGUCCUGUUGGUCAGGAGGAUGUUACUAUAACUGGGAGGUCACUGGUCUGAUUUCAACCACAGCAUUCUUCAAAAAAGAAAACCUAUCUCUACUGGUUUAUUAAACAAACUUGUUAGUUCUCAGUUUGAACAAGUGGUGGUGAUUAACACAGAUGAAUACAGAUGUUUGUGUGCUAAUAGUCAUGCACUGUACCACGUUUAAGAUUCUAGUAUUAUAAUUUGGUGUUUGUGCUCAGCAGGUAAGAUGUCUGGCACCUAACUUAUAUGUUAUUAUGAUAUACUGUCUCUAAUAUUAUGAGUAUAUAAUGAUAUGUUUGGAUCACUGGAGUUAUUUUCUGUUUUUUUUUUUCUCUUAAUUUGAAGGUUGUAUUAAUACAGCAAAUACAUGACUAUGUUAAUAUUGUAUGUAAUUAAUUAACUAUUAUAUUUUGACUGUUGUAGUUGAUACUGAGUUUACAUGCUUUUAACAUGUUACCCUGGAAAUGUUUUAAUAGAGUUUGCUAUUGUAGUUUAGUUUUACCUCAGGAGUCUGGUACCAGAGAGAAAGGUUUUCACUGUGUGAACCAGAACUCUACUCAACCUGUCAGUGUUAAUAUUUUCACAACAUUUUGCUCCUAUUAUUAAGUUCAUCAUAUCUGUUUCAUAAACAUAUACGCUGUUGCUGUCCACUUCUUAAAAACUCUCAUCUAGCAUAGUUAACUGUACUUGCCUGGAAGAAUCAUAACCACCCUUACAAUAAAUAUUGGAUUAUCUGGACACUUUUGUACGGGUCAUAAUUUUGAUACAUACAGGGCUCAGCAUUCACAUGUUCACUCCAUUCAUCCACAUCAACACACACAAUAAACACAGUCUUAAAGGGACAGUUCACCCUAAAA